AUAUACAACUACGUACCCGGGGACUUUGGGGAGAAAAAGGAAAAAAAUAAAAUCUUUAAAAAAAAAAUGCAGUGUAAGUACAGGGUGAUAGGGAAAAUGGUAGAGAGGGAGGGAAGGCAGUGAUGUCUGGGAAGGCUUCCUAGAUGAAGCCAUAAUAAUAAUAAUAAAAAGAAGAAGAAUUCUCAAGCUAAGAGUGAGGUAUUUUAACCUAAAACAGAUUAUAUUAGGGGAUCAAGUAUCUUGCUAUCCAAACAAGUACAGUUUAACUUUCUAGUUUCUAAAUAAAAUUGAAAUGGUUGAUAAACUUGGAGAACAAAGUUUGCAUCAUCCAUGAAUAAACACAUUAAAUGGUUUUAAUUAUUAAAUACUUUCUUUGUGCAAAUUAUGUUUAUACUAUAUAUUGCAUGAUAUAUAGUAACCGUAAGGUAGAAAAAUAUACUAAAAUCAAGCCAAUCUUAAGAAUUAGUCAGCAAAGCAUAAUGCGAUCUUCUGUGACACAAGUGACACCAGCAGGGUUCGAAUGUCAAAUGAGUAUGAACUGCGCAUUUGUCCGGUACCGUUCUUAACUCCAGCUCCAGUUCCCACAGUUGCCCUCCUGGAAGAACUCUCCUACCACAAAGAGCCCAAGUAGUAAACUCAGAUGAGUAAGACCCAAAGCUGCUCAACAGGCAGAAUUUGCUGGCACCUAGUAAUUACUUGCUUUAUGAAAUGAAGAGGAAGAGGAUGAAAACAGAGUGAUGUGUUUGUGUUUGGGGCAGAGAGGAGUGUAAAGAAAAUCAGAUCCCUGGUUAAUGUUACAUGUACAUUUUCUGAUUUUUGAUGAGUUCUAAAUGGAGUGAGAUUUGAGGGGAGAGACAAUAAGAAUUCUUUUGGUAGUAAUUUCUUUCCAUAUAGCUUCACGUAUUUCUUUGAAAGCUCUAAGUCUUCCUGAAAGUUGAAAGUCUUACUAAAUCUUUUAGUAAUAACUACCAGUUAUCAGCCUUCUUAUAAUGGAAAUCUUUGCCACCACUGGGAUGCAGUCUUCAAUUAGGCCUAGUUUUCCAGGGCUGUUCCUUCUUGUAUACAGUGACAGCACUAUUAUGCUCUAUGGUUUGCGUGUGGUGACUUUCUAGUGGUAAUUAUGCAUUUGUCUUGAUCCUCCCACACUCUCUUUCAUCCCGUCCCUCCUUGUGACCAGGGUUUGCACCCGACUGGGAUUAAGGGUAGUCAAUAGACGGUGGGACAGGACAUGGAACAUGGGUCUACUGUCUGGCUUAAAGGAGGAUAGAAGGAAUAAUUGACUCCUAAAGAUGUCUUCAGGGAAACAAAAGGGGAUCCAGAGGUCAAAUAUACUCCACCUAUCUUUAAACUCCUUCCCACGCAUCUCAAACAAAGAGAUGCCCCUCGUUUUCCCCAAUAUUUGUCUGAAACGUGCGUGCCCUUCAUUCUGUCUCUUUCUGUCUUCUUGGUGGCUCUGUUCCAUCAAUUUCCACCCAUGCCCCACCCAUACAGUGUUGUAUUUUCAUUUUCUCCUCAGCCUAGAGCAAGGUUGGCAGGCAUUUUCUGUAAAGGGCUAGAUGGUAAAUACUUUUAGCUUUGUGGGCCAUAUGGUCUCUGCCCCAACUUCUCAUCUCUGCCUGUAGCUAGAAAGCAAUCACAGACAAUAAAUAAAUGAAUGGUGUGACUGUGUUCCAAUACUACUUUUUUUACAAGGAAGAUGUCACACUGGAUUUGGCCUACUGGUCAUAGGUUGCUGACCUUUGGUCUAGGGUAAUGAUUAGAUUUUCCCCAUAUCCCUUAUAAAGGAAAUCCCUUGCCUCAAUUCUUCUUCACUCCAUAAACUGCUGUUCAUGUUUAUUAGAUGUUUAGCAAUGAGGAAAAUUCCUUCAUGCUUGCCCUGUCACUUUCUCACAACCCAUUUCCUCCAUAACCCACUCACCAUGGCUCUGAUCCCACCACUCUACUGAUAUUGCUCUCUCGCAGAUCUUUAGCCUCCUAAUUGCCUAUUUUCUCUCCUAAUCCUACUUAGCUUCUCUGAUGCAUGUGCUACUAUUAAACACUAUGUCCUUGAAAAUCCUUCCUCACUUGUCUUUCCCAACAGCAUAUUCUUUCUUCCUCUCUGUUUCACUUUCUAUUCUGCAAAUGCCCUCUCAAUUCCAUUGCCUACUCCUUAAAUGUUACUUUAACUCAAGAUUUCCAUUCUCAUCUCAUUCUACACACUUUCUCUCUGCUGUGUCUUUCAUUACCAUAAUUUCAGUGAAUUCCCAUAUGCUCAUGAUUCCUAAACAUCCUUGUAGAGUUUUGACUUCUCUCCCAUGGAAAGAUGGGACCUUCCAGUGGCCAACUCAUUGAUUGUACAAGCUAAAACCUUUGGAGAAGUUCUCCAAGGAGAUACGAAGGAUAGUAAUUUUGUGUCACAUGAUCCAGUUUGUAACACUAGCUCUGGGAUAGCCUUGAGAAAGUUCUUUAGAUUCAUGGGACCUGUUUAAUCAUAUAUAAAAGGGAAUAACAAUUCCUUACUUGGCUUUCGGAGAAUUAAAUGUAAUACCCACUAUAAUCUCUUAACUAUCUGAUGAUAUCUCACAAAUAUUUCUAUUUUUAUAUCAUGUCCUUUGAAUGGCCCCUUUCCUCUUCAUCUUCCAAACCUAAUUGGUCAACCCAUCUUUUUUAUUCUGUGUCUAUUUUUCUCUUCUUUUUGCUAAAGUUCAGGGCCCAAUUUCUAGCCUUUUCUCCCCUAUUCUGUCCUGUAUAUUGUUUUUAUUGAUAUAUUUCCAAAGAACAGAUGAGGGCAGCACUUUAUAUUGGCAGUAGGAUGAAGUCCAAACGUUCAAGUCCCUUUGCAAUCUGAAUUCAAGCUUUAUCACUACCUUCAUCCCACCCUAUGCAUAGACAUGUAUCUCCCUCCUGUCUUCUAACCAUACCAAGCUACCCUGUUUCCCAAAUGUGCCAGGUAUACUUAGCUUCAUCUGGGAUUUUGACUGAAUUUUGUCCCAGGCAGGAAAACUCAUCUCUGUCUCUUCUAAUUGCUGAAAUUCUAUUCAGCUUUCAAGAUACACCUUGACUACUGACUCCUCUAUAUAGCCAUCUCGAUCUACCAGAUUUAGAACAAAAUGUUUUCGUUGUUAAGUCACCACUAAAGAUAGACUAUAUGUUCCGUCAGAGCAGGGAGCUCUAUUUCCUAGCACUUAGGGCAGAGGCUCCCAAGUACUAGUAGGCACUCAGAUGUUAUUUGAGUGUAAAUAUUAUUAUCAUAUUUUAAACAGUUCAGCCAACUGGUCUUAUUUAUUUUUUCUAGUGACAACAAAAGUUAAGUUGAGAGGUUCAGAUAAGAUCUUUUUUUAGGAUUCCAGUUUUGAGACUUGAAGUACAUUUUCUCUGUAACCUAUUUUCUCAUAAUUGACAAACUACUUGAAAACAGGAAGAAAAGAGGGAAGGAAAAGAGAGAAAAUAAUUUGCCGGCCCAUGUGCCAGAGCCAAAAGGAGGUUGGGGGGUAGGGGGGUGGGGAGCAGGAGUUGGAGUAAACCUAAAAGAAUCUGAGGCCUAAGUAAAAGAGAUGGAAUUUUUUCAGUUUUCAUUUUUGUUUGCUUGCUUGCUUGUUUGUUUGUUACGUGGAAGGAUAUUCACUGUAAGCUUUUUUAGCUCAGGAAUAUGGCAAAUGAUAAAAUUGAGCAGGGCACUAAGAAUGAUAAGGCUGAUGCUAGGUGUUGUGGGUCCUUGAAAAUUGUAAGGAUUAAUGAGCCCUAAUUCUUUUUCAAAAUUAUUUGCAAGCUUAGGUAUGUGAUUUCUCUGCAUCUUCAGACCAAUCAAUGUCUAAACGAUAUGGCCAAAAGCUGAAGUUUGAAACCCACUUCUCCAAAAAGUCUUACCUGAUAAGUCUUCCUCUUACCGCUGGCUGCCAUGUUAUUAUGUCCUAUUACCCAUAUCUUGUAUUUACAUGAUAAUAUAUAUUUAUGUGCUGCUUAUUUUCUGCAUUAGAAUCUCUUCUAUGCUUAUAUCCAUGCUCCCUAGCUUGUGUUUCUCAAAUUAGAAAUGAAGACCAAGGCAAAUCCUGCCAACUUGCUAUAACUCAAGGUUAGAACUAGGUAAAAUACCUAUUAAAUAAGUACUCAAUUCUUAAUUAAAAUUUGUAACUAAAACUAUAGUUUCAUCAUUAUAGAAAGUUAUUUUGAUAGUUCACCAAAAGAAUGAUUUGUAUUCAUCAUUAUUAUUGUUAUUAUUACUAUUAUUGGACAUCCUAGAGCCUCCGAGCUUUAGUAAUACAUGCAAAUGUACAAAACAUUCAUUUUCUUUUAUAAAACAUUCAUAAAUUCUAUGAUUCAUAAAUGAAGUUAUUCAAGGUUAUGAUAAGGCAUUCCAGAGGUAAUAAGAAAGGAACUCUCUUAGAUUCUGUUAAGUAUGAGUCAUUUAAGGAUGUAGAAUAUAGGUUUCCAGUAGUUUUAUGCACUGGCUUUUUAUUUUUGUGGUGCUGAAUACGAAUUCAGUCAAGAUUUAAAGAAACAGGACGAUAUUUUGAUCUUAAAGCUAUAUGAAGUCACAAGGGAAUGAGUUUGGUUUCUUCUCUACUUUGUAAUGCAAAGAAGUGCAUUCCACAAAAUCAGAUGAAACAAGCCAUUAAUUUGACAGUCUCGGUUCUUAUAGCCCUAUUGAUUCAGUAAGCUGAAAACAGUUAUGGAGGCUUAUUGGCUCCAAUUAGGAGUCAUGAAGCUUGAGGUUAGAAGAAAUGAGAGUGCAUUGGGAGAGGAAUCAUUCAGUAACAGAAUCCUUCUUAACAUUUUAUUAUGAAUGGAUAUAAACUCUUGGUCUCUUGUUAUUUUUGUACUUUUUCACUUAUUGAUUAUCUUUAUGGACCUGUUUCAAAAUGUGCAGAAUCUCAUCUCAAAGCUCAUUUUAUCUUUUGGGUUGCUUUUAGCAAACAAAACAUUUAUCUUAUUUCGUGAGACAUUUCAUGAUUACAAUCUCAAGAGCUUCCUAUGUCUUACUUAGAUGUUCUCAAAAGAAUAUUUUCAAUUCCUUCUGCAUAAUUAUUAUAUAUAUGGCAAUUAUUAUAUAGAUGACAAUGCUCAGGAUAUGCUCUGUUGAUAGAUUAAUCAAUAUAGACUCUAUAGAUAUAUACUUAUUUCAGCAUGUGCAUCAUCUUGCAUGGAAAUAAAUCCUCUCCUUAAAGGUAUGUAACAUGUUUUGCUCUUAUCAAUAAGAAGCCUGACUAACUCUCAUGACCACCCUUAGUGCAUAUAAAUAAUAUAUAUCCACAAUACUGUCCUUUAAUGUUAAGAUCUUAGUAAAUAGUGCUUAAAAAAGGAAGAAUCAAGGAGGAAAAGAGUAUUCACAUUUUUAAGAGCAAUAUCUAAUGAAGCAAUAUAAUUUUACUUAUAGCUGCUAUUAGGAAAGGCUAACAUUUUUUCAAAUAUUCCUUUCAGAAUGUCCAUUUUUUUCCACGUUUUAGCCUAGUGACAGAAAUGCAAUUUUUCCUCUCAAUGAUUACAAUAUAUUUAUAUCUUGGGUAACUUUUCAUAUGUAAUCAAAUGACAGGAAGACUUUUUUCUGAGGUGUUGGGAUGCUGAUGAGGGAAGACUUGACAGCCAGCAUCAAUUAUCAGUUAUAAAAUCCUUGCUUAUCAUUUGUUAACAAAUCCUCAGUUGAAAAACCUUUUGAACAGCUUGGCACUAGCCUAAAAUUUGCUUUACUAUGAAUAUAAUCCACCUCUAAUAAAAGAUGACUAUAUUUCCAAGUAUAUUUAAAAUAGAAAAAAAUAAGAUUAUUAUAAUAAAUCUAACAUCACAGCAACCAAUUCAUGGAGCUUAAUUAUGACACUACUAAAUGUGAAAAUCUAUUCAGUGCUAGGAACACUUUUCACAUUACAUUCACGCUAAAGAUUGGCUGUUAAGAGCUCAUUACUGGUAUUUUUCUAAAGAGUGGUUUAUUAAACACAGUUACCUAAUAAGCAUCUUUGGUGGUGCAAAUUGCUGAAAACAGUAAUGAGUCUGAUUAGACUUCAUUUCAAUUACGACAGCUUGUCUAGCAAAAAAUAAAAAAGUAAAAAGAAAUAUAUGUAUAGAUAUAUUUCCUUGAUGCUUUGGCAUCUGGCUACAAGACACUGCAGAGUUUAAAAAAUAAAAAGCCACCUUUAUAUUUCCUUUCCACAGUUCACUAAUGAAGAGAGAAUUGUCCAAGUCAUCAUCCAAUUUACACACUGGAAACCUGGAUGGACAAAGUGGAGUCACAAUUGUGUUUGCUUAAAAACAGCAAAGGCUGCCUUGACUAAUAUGUCUAAAUAAGGUCACCUUUAGUUUCUCUCUGCUUUAUUAUUUCUUUUUUCCUUAGGAAUAUAAAGCUAUAAAUGAGGUGGAAACUUAAAAAUGAUUCAUUCGUAUUUGGCUUGUGGAGGUUAUUCUCCAGAUUAAUAGGCUCACCUUUCAAUUAUGUUUUAUCCAUGGAUCUUCUACUUAAAAUCAUAACAAUACAGGCAGCUGUUGGACUAUGCAUGCUAAUUACCAGACCGAUAUUUUUAAAAAAUAUAUAUGUGGGGAGGGGGAAAAAAAUAAAAGAAACCAAGCUUUAUGAAUGUGCACUAAAAUUUCAGAAAGUGUAAAGGAAUGUUUGUUAGACACAAAACUUGAUUUGAUGUUUAAAAAAGUAUGUUAUUUAGCUGCAUUUAGCCGCUAACCUCCUAUUAAAUUAUGCCUGAAUAUUACUGCUCAAAUUGAAAGAAAAAAAUUAUUAAUGUAAAAAGCCUUUAAGUGAUUAAGCUGUCACUGCUGUCAUUUGGGUACUGUAGUAACAUUUUAAUGCUUCUGGGAGCUAUGGUCACUAUUUUAUGCUAUAUUUUCUGAAUAGAUUCUUUUUUAAAGUAUAAUAUCAUUUAACACUGAACGGGAAAAAAUAAUUUCUAAGUAAAAGACGAAAACAGUGGCUGGAUGUAGAAGCAUAAGAAAAGGUGGGCACAAUAAAACAUUCUCACCUGAAAAACCUCACAAGCUGGCUGAGUGAUCAUGUCAUUCCCUAAGACUGAAAGCCAAAUUAAAACGAAAUUAUAGUACUCUCGUGGGCAUUUGGAUACUUUCAAAAGAUUUACUUAAAAGGAGACUAGCUCCAGGUAUGUCAAUUCAGUGAGUAAGAAUGUGCUUUUAGACCCACGGUUCAUCAUUAACUCUGUGAAUUCUCUAUUCUGUUAAAAGAAAAAAAAACCUUUUGUAUAGAAAAGACAAAAACGAUUCUAAAUUAGCAAUUGGGGUGCUUUCCUAAGUAACCUGUUUAUAACAUAGUUUGAUUAUUUGCUUUUCAAGGUUUUUUGUAAACAUUUCAUUUCAAAUGAUUCUGAUAAGUGUGUUUCUUUUCGUAUGCAAUUGAGAAAAUGUGUUGAUAUGUAAUAAAAUUAUUAGGUUUCCUCUUUGAAGAAAACUUUAUACACAUAAACCCAGACCUCCUUGAUAUUGAGUACUCAAUUAAGGAAAAGAGUGUUCCUAGUAUGUUUUGGGAUCAUUAAUAAAGCUUUUAAGUUUUAUAAGUAGGGAAACUUUUUGAGGUAUAUAACUUGGUUCAAGCCACAAAUAAUAAGUAUAUAGCUAAAGAAAACCUCAAAUAAUGCUUACUUUUGAUAAAAAUAUGUUGUGAACAUGAUAGUUAAAUAAUUUAGAAUGUGCUUUGAGUUCUGAGAUUAUUAAUAAUAAAGCUAGUAAAGCAGAUCAUUUUUUAGGAUAAAAGCAAUUUUAAAAAUCUCUUUUCCUUCUCUCUGUCAUUUUUCUCCCAUUUCCUCUGUGUCCUUUCUGCAGCCACAGACAUAACACGUACAUACACACAUGCAGGCCCCUCGAUUUGAUUUUUCUGUGCAAGCUGCGUGUAUUACCUGCAGGGUUCUGGUUUUCCUGUCGUUUAAGGACUUUGUGGAAAUAGAAUGCACAUAAUUUGAAGACACAGCAGAAAGAUUUGACUUAUUUACUCUUUUAACAUAAACAACAAAAACUAGCAAAUUUAGAAUUAAGUUUCUUUCAAAUUACCUGCUAAUUUAAAAAUGUGACUGGAAAAAUCUCCCUUUUCCUUAAAAUACUGGAGUGUAUCCGUUAAUAAGGAGGCCAAUAAAAUAGUUCAUGAGCAUCAAUAAGGAGUAUAAAAUUAUGGAAUAGUUUAGACCAUAUGGAAGUAACAUCCUUAUAGCUUUUAACUCUACUGACAGUAAUGAGAACAACUUUAUUGGUACCUGCUAUAUUAGAGACAAAGUAAGCCAUGUUUAUUCACAACAGAAGAGAGUUGGAUUGGAAUUAAUUGUAACAUUAUAAGCAAAAGAAAGGGGAUCUGUAUUUCAUGUGAUCAAUGUCACUAGUUCAAAUAUUUUAUUCAAUUCAGCCAAAGCCUAAACUUUUUUUUUUAACAGAAUGGCACUAUCAUAACAAUAGAUGAAAUUGUGCAGUUAAAUAUUACAGAGAGAGCACAACCAAGAUGGAAUCUGAAGAAACAAUUUCUUUACUGUGGUCCCUCUAUUGUUAGCAUUUCCCCAAGGAUUAGGUUGUUGGGCACCCCCUCUGGAACAGGAAAUGCCACUUUCUUUGAGGAUCAGCUGAUAUCCUCUCUUCUGCUUCUGUCUCAUUAUGCAGCAUUCUUUGUUUUUACAAAUGGAAGAGCCAACAGCGCUAAUGGCUGGACUGUCAUUCACACUGCACUUUAACAAUGUUCUGUUUAUCUGGAAAUUAGAGCAUCCCAAUUAUAGGUGGUGCUCAGGUUUAUUUCACCAGACCAGAGAAUGGGGCUGGGCAGGGAGAAUGGAGAAGUGAGGAAACUACUGUUGUUGCUAAGAGCUCUUCACUUUUAAUCCUGGACCGUGUUGAUUGUAUUCUAAAGCAGUUUAUCUUCAUACAUCAUCUUAUAUGGAAGAAACAACACUAAACUUACCAAAACUCAUUUCAUAUGUAGCUUUUUCCACUGCCUUCAGAUCAAAGUUAUUUUCUUCAGCCCGGACUAAAUUAUACACAGGUCCCAGGAGUGAAGGACACUGAAUUAAUGCACUAUGUCACCCAGCCCUGACUAUAGAAUAUUUUUAUCAAAGUCCAAGACACUAUUUUGCUAUUGCAUUAAAAAUUAAUGCACGAAUUUCCAAAAAGAGAAAAAUGCAUAAAUAACCUAAACAAAUUUUGUCUGGGCUUUGCACAUUUUACAGUCACCUUAAGCAAAGAGUUUUUAAGGAGAAUGGUUGAAGAGUUGUAUACUUAUAUGUAAAUAAUAUUCUUACUCCUUUGUCUAAUUAUAUGAAAGAAACUUCAAUCUUAAAUAAGCAGCCUUAAUUAUCUAUUUUGUUUUAUGUAAACUGUCUUUUUAGAGUAAGGUUCCAGAGGAACACAGAAAAGAGGAUGAAUGCAGAUUCCAUCUCACACAGGUCGUGGGGCUUGGGAGAUUCUGAAUUUGUUUAUUGACCCUUGUCAGCAUGGUGUUUUGGGCAAAAAUGAAUAUAGUUAAGUUUAAAUAUAACUAAAUUGAGCUUUGCAUUUAUAUACUUGAAAUAGAAUACACACAAACAAAUAACUACUUACAAAUAGCUAUAUGUACACCUAAUGAUUAACAUAACAUUUUAGGAUUGUGACCGAGAAAAUUAACCAGCCGUGUCAUAAUUCAAGGUUGGUAUCAUGCCCGGCUUGUGUUAAUUAAAAGUGCAAAUUUAUUUUAUGUGGCACAACAGAGUCUUGAGAAUCAGUUGGAAUAACCUCAGACUUUUAGGAUGAUGGUAAUUUCAUCUCAGCAGUCUUUUUUAAAAAUAAAGAUUCAAAACACAUAGAAAAUGCACAAUACUUUCAGCAUUCAAUUUCUCUUUCUGGAUCAGUCAUACAGGCCGGAUACUAUGAAUCUAGCAUGGGGCUCCAGGUUGUGUUAACCCCAUUUAUCCCUGCACGCUACAGCUCACCUGUUAUUUACACACAUAAGAGGGUUGAUACUGCAGAACAAGGGGAGUGCUCUGUUGUGACACAGAACAUACAUAUUCAUUAGCCCUGGCAGUCCCUAUGGACAGAUGUCCUGUUGAUCUUUGUAUCACAAAAAGAACUGGGGGGAAGGGUAGGUGGCCUUAAUGGAUUGAAAACAUAUAUGGAAAAGGGGAAGAGAGGGCCUGAGAAACGAAAGGCGGUAAAGUAACCACCUGAAAGGUUAACUACAAAGCACUAUUUAAACUGAUUAUAAACUGUGUAAAAUCAUUCACAGAGGUAGAAUAAACAAAGUAACAUUUGAUUUAACAUGGGUAGAUCAGUCCUCUUACCUCCUAACCCUCAAACUCUUUCCUUUGCAGUAGUUGAUGACACCUAACACUAAAUACUAAGAUUCAGAGUAUGAGUCAUUUCUGUAUUUUUAAUUCCAUGUGUAUGCAUGUAUUCUUUUGAAUUAAUUAUGGUAGGAUAUACACAGACUUUUGGACACUGUUUUUUACUUGAUUUAGAUUAUUAUUUAAAAAUUUUUACAUGUAAACUUUUGUAAAGCCAUAAGAAAAGAAAAACCAUAAAUCUAAAUUAUAAUUUUAAAAUAGAUGGAUUUUCUCUGAACAUGAUUAUAUGUUCACUUGAAUACUUUAAGUACUGGAAAUUUUAGGACCCCCCACAGGGAAAAAUAAGUGUUUAUUUGAAUUAUGACUAUGAUUUCCUAGGUUGCUUUAACUGAUAGGCUGACCAUCCUGAUCAUAUAUUGGAUAUAAGUUCAGUGGACUAAAAGGGAUAUUUCUUUCAUCAGUGUAAUUUGUUUUGCAUAAGUGCUUCUGCAUUCAGCCUCAUAAAUGCAAGUCAUCCUCUUCUAGAUGUGUUGCAUGUUAAAAAUGAUGGCCUAUCAGACCCAUGCAUACCAAGAUUCAUCCUCAGUAUGAAAUAUUGGGAAAAUAGUCAUUUUUAUAUUUGGUCACGUUUUGAUGAGUAAAUAUUUUGUUGCUAUGAAUAAAAUUUAAUGCAUUUUAGGGAAACUGAUUCAGAUCAUAAGCUACCCACAAAUGUAAUUGCAGGAGAGUUUAUAUCCUGUCCUUCUAGUCCGAGACCUAGUGCUGGUAAAAUUGAGUACAGGCUUUUACUGCACCCACAAUGAUGACGUAUAAGACAAGAUCAGUUGUUUACCCAGACACCAGCCCCCCAGUAACUUUCUAUACGAUCUAAGAAGCAUAACUUUGAAGUAACUUAAACAAUCUCUCAAAAGAUGUCCUAAAACUCGUGAUUGACUAAUAGGAGAUGAUUUGCUAUUAUGAAUGAAGUUUUGGUUUGUGGUAUCAGAACCUAUGGCAUAUUCAAAGGAGCAUGUUAGGAAUGGUGGAGAUUGACAUAUGGGAAAUAGCUAGGAAAAAUAUCUGAUAAAUCAAAGGGGGAAACAUAGAAACGACAGCAAUCUGGAAACUAGUUUUUUUAAGAAAUCAUUAUUCAUCAUUCUACGUGGUUGUGCUAAUGACACUCAAUCAACAAGAAAAAUAUCAAUCAUUUUCCCUGUGCUCUGAUUAAGAGGGCAGGAAUGCACAUAAUAAAUAGUAUUUGGAAAAAUUUUCUUCUAAAGGGACUACUUUUUUUUUUAAAGGUUUAGAGCACUAUACUUGCUAGUUUUCAAGAAAAUGGACUUAAGUGAAAAAACUAGAGCUUGAAGCUUCAGAGUGAAGUCAUAAAUUCAAUUGCUGACAUGACCAGUAGGUACCAUAAAAAUACCUGAGGUUGGAAUAGUGAGUGGGGGCACCAUGACAAAGUGGGCAUGCCGUGUCCAGAGGGAGCAGCUGGUCCUCAGAUUCAGCCAACUCUUGGCAGGCAAGAAUGAAGUCUAAUAUUGUAAGAUCAUUCAGCUUAUCUUGAAAAGAUGGGAAAUAUGGAAAUAUAGAUUAUUUUCUAUAAAGCUGACUGAUUUUUAAAACCCUGUGCUGGCCGAACAAAACAUGGGUACAGGCUGUAUGCGGCCCUCAGGCUGGCAGGUGGCAAUUUCUCUAUAUGAGAGGGUGAGGUAUUUGAACUAUAUUUACUAAGGACCAUUUAGCCAGAAAUGCCUUCAUGAUUGUUAAAAAGGAGUGCUUUAUGCAAAUGAGGUGGAAUGGGGGAAGGGAGUAAUUUGCUGCAAAAUGUAUUAUAAUUUGGCAUCUUGAGGUGUGAAAGUGUGAUUUAAAGAGAAAAAUCAUUUGACAGUAUUGCUAUAUAAUUAGAAUAUCUUAUUUUGAGACUGAGGGUUUUGAGAUCAUUCUUAACUGGUUUUAAACCUCUAAGUACUUUGUUUCUUGGUGGUGGUCUCUACAGUAUCAGGUCACAAAUAACAUUAACAUAUAUAAAAUACUAUGAAAACAUUUUGAAUUUUUGAAACCUUUUUGAUUAAGGAGAUCAUGCUCCAUGUUUUGCUGAGUAUGAAAGAAUUUCUAUACCUUUCUUAUAACCAGCAUUCCCUCUGGAAAAUUUCCUUUUCAGUAGCUGUCCUGAGGUUGAAGGAAAAAUGAUUUAUAAAUUCUAGGAGUGACUUUACUUUUUUUCUGUCUAGUCAGUUUUGUUUUGUGUUUAAUGCAUCUCUGGCUUUUUCAAAAUAAAAGAAUAAUAAAUAUUUCGGUAGCAGUUUAUACUUGGAAAAUAUUUUCACACUUACCGUUACAUUAGGUAAUUUUAAUAACAAUCCAGUAAAUGAUACCCUUUUUGUACACAUUUUAUAGCUGAGAAAAGUGAGUAUGAUGUGGUUAAGUGACUUCACCAAUAUUAGAACAAAUAAGUGAAGGCAUGAACCAAACCACUUGCUCUGAUUCUCAAGCCUGGGAUAUUUACUCUUCAAACAGAAUUCUAGAACCUUCUUUAUUCUUUCCCCCAGUCCCUUUCUAUCCCAACAAUCUAGCAAUGCCUCUCAAUAAGACACUGUGUUUGAUGAAAUAUUCAACCCAUUGGACACCAUGGUAAGUGAAGUCCUAAACUCUAACCGAGGCUACCUGGAUUGGGGACUGAGUCACUGUAAAGUUCCCUUCAUCUCUAAAAUCAAAGAGUCUAAUUUUAGAGAAUUUAGAAUGUGAAACAAUAGAGAAGACAGAGCUGGAAACAUUUCAUCACCUGGUAAACAGAUUCCCUUGGCUUAACUUCUUAGAACUGAACCACCAGACUUUACACAUAGUGGGCCCUCAAUUUGUUGACUAAAUAAGAUGAACAGUCCCUACAUCAUAUUCAGUUUAUAAAGGAUUUCUACUUUGGGUGUUCUAAAGAUGGAAGCAAAUUAAAUAAAGAGAACAUGUAAUUUAUGUGCUGCUUCCUCUCGCUUUGCCCCUGCCGUUACAUUUAGAUAUGACAUCACACAUAGGCUAGGAAUUAUCAGGAAGUGGACUGAGGAAGGUUUCAGAUGAAGUGAAUUAGUCCAAGUAGUACCAGAUACUGCUAGGUACUGUUGGCCUCUUGGCUGAUGAGGGUGGGUACACAAACAGGAGACUGCUGCCUAGCCCGCGCCAGCAUUUCAUUUGGUCCUCACUCCCCUUGAAGAAUAUGGAUAAGCAGAUAUUGCAGAGGGCCAGUUUGUAGUCCCAGGAUGUUUGCAGGCCCUCCCUCAGAAGGUUCCUCACCGCAGAAACCUAUAUUUUUAGCCAAUGGAUCUGCCACCCUCUACUUGAAAUUUUGACUGCUCUAUGUGUUGGUUCUGCCAUUUCCUACCUAGGACAUGAUGAAUCUGCGGCAUUAUUAGGCUGAGCGGGCUGUAAACUAAUAUAAUUACUCUGUUGUAUUUACCCCAGUAGUGACUGUUUUCUAGAAGGAACUUUGGUAAAUAUGGUAUCAGAGUUUUUAAAAAAUAAGAAUGAAAAGUUUAGAGGUAUAACAGCCCAAAAGAGUGUAAGAGGUGUAGUGAUGUGCGCAGGCUUGUGUGAGUGCCGUGCGGCUAUCCCACAGCAAGCAAGCCCGCCGUGCCUGCAGGUGUUUGCCUCAGGUCUCUGCCCUGAGGAAGUCUGAAAAAACCUACAAAUGAAGGCAGAGUCCCUAGCAGCCAGAAUUACCCUAUGGGAACCUCGGAGAGUGCAGCUUUUUUAGACCUGAUGGACUGCUGAAUCGCACACGUGUGUUGGGGUGCCGGUGGGGGUGGGGUAGUGAGUGCCUUAGAUUAAUAUUUCCAGGAAUGUGGGUGAAAAUAGACUCUAGAAGGCUUAGUCUUUUAUUUCCAAUUUCCUCCCAUUCUGAAAGUUGUUUUCCUAUCCUUCACUUUUCUAUAGAACAGUUUCUUUAUCAUUUGAAAGCUGUGCCAGAACUUUGAAGGAUACCACAGUUGUUUUGUUUCAAAAUAGUUAAAGAGCAAAAUGGAGGAAGUAAAGCAAUAAGGCAGCAACUGUUUAGUAACUAAACCUAAGUUAUAAAAUGGUCAGUAAUGAUGAGAAUGGAAAAUGUUAUCCAAACUGUCCAGUUUUAUGGGAACUAUAGACUUGUUUAUUUGCAUAUACAUAAAUUCAGCCCAUAACAAUAAAACAACACAAUGCUCAGGGUUUUUACUGUGAUAUCUGUCAUUCUUGUGUGACACUUAGGUUAAAUUGUCUUAAAAGCAAUUUUGUAUUAAAUUACGUAUUUUAAAAACAACCACAUUGCAUUGUGAAAUUUGCCAGCCAUAUUAAGAAUUUUCUGAUGCUUUCAAAAAUAAAAAUUGGCAUUUUGGAACAAUUCUUCAGUUAUCUUUAAAAACUAUUUUUCUUACUUUCCACUGUUUUCUGAAUUUUUAUUGAACUUAUUUAAAAUGUUUCUAAACAGCAGUGGGGUUAUGUUUCUAAUACCGUUAAAAUAGUAUUGUUUCUGAGGUUUUUCUGUUCGUAUUCCAAAGAGAAACCAUAUAAAAGCUGUUUUUAAAACCCACCUUCUUAUUUGGGUUCCGAGUUAAGUGACACACAUAUGCUGCUUCUUACAGCAAUUCAGUCAAAUGGAGCAGGAUUUUUUAUUCAAAGAACAUUUGGCUCUACGUUUUUCUUCCGUUUCACAUCAGAAAUAUCACCACCAAUAAACAAAACAAUAAUAACACCACCACAAACAACUUUGGUUCUACUUCCAAUUAUUUUUAAAAUUCAAGAAACUGAUGAAAAAGCUCUUAGCGCUCCCAAGGCCAGGACAAUCUCCUGAUCACUGGCUUCUUCAGCUCCUACUAAAAUUAAGAACGAGCUUAUGGUUAACUAUUAACUUACACUAGCAAAUAAUGAUUUUAAAGCACUGGAUAAAUACUUGUUUUUGAGGGGAUGUGAAUAAUUCUGUUCCCUUAAUGUUAUUUAAUCAAAGCUCAAUCUUCCCUUUUGCAGCCCUGCUAAGAUUAUUGUUAUUUAGUAUGCAUCAGUAAAUAAACUUUCAAUUAUCUUGGUAAGCCCAUCCAAAAAUAGCAUGAGAAUCAAAAGGCAAUGGUGUAUCCAGUAAUUGUUCCAAAUAAAUAAUUUUAAUAAUUUCAGAUGAACUAGAAAUCUUUUGAAAUUUACAUAGCUUUGCUAGAGCUAAACUAUGCAGAAAUACCCAGUGAAAAUGGCCAACUUAUUUUAUUUAAACUUUAUAUUCCUGUCUUUUACAAUGAUUAUAACUUACUAAAAUCAUUUUUUGCAUAUUUUUUACAAAUGAUUAAUUUAUAAGAAAAAUUUUAAGCCAAUACAGGUGGAAGGUUGCCUUUUUUUUUGUUUUUUAAAUAAUUAUCUAAAUCUAAAGCAGUUUUGGGUUUUUUUAGUGGGCAUUUUUUUUAAAUCGUAUUUAUUAUUUAUGUUUGUUAACUAAUGCCAAUAAUGGCUUAGCUCAGCUAACUGAAAGGAAGCCAUGCCCUUUAACGAGUGUGUGUGUGUGUGUUGUGUUGUAUUUGUGGUAAAUUCCAUUGCCUGUGACGCCUAAAUUAUUUCCUGAGACCCUGUUUCAAGACAUUUAUUCACAUGUUUCUUCUGUAUCAAUCUAAUCAAAUUCCUACUUAUAGCAUAUGGGUGUUCUUAUUUCCUCAACUCUGUAUUUUUUAUAAUCUUUUAAAGAAAAAAAUCCUAAUAGAAAUUCCCUGGAAAUGAUUUACAGGACUGAUGAAUUUGUAGGUCUUUUAGACAGUUCUACAUUGCAGUAACAUUAAUAUUCUCCCCUUUUUAUAAGGCUUGAAAUAAAUCCCAUGACACCAGAAGAAUUUAGAUACUGAUUACUUGCGAUUGGUUCCUGGUGAUUUGCUCUUAAUAAUUUCCAGUUGAAUUUAAUGAAAGUAUGAUUCCUGAAAUGCUGCUUCAUUAAAAUUGCAUCUUUUCCCCUUUAAGUGUGGUUUCGGUCAUUUCACCCAUUUUGUGGUGUGUUUUCCUCCCCCUUAAAAAGUGAUGAUUGAGAAAGCAGAAACAAUUAAGAAUAUCACUCUAGUUCUUCCUAGAACUCAGCCCUGGAGUUUCUCUGAGUGAAAUGAUGCAAGCUGCACUUCAUCAGGAUUUUACAAUAUAUUUUAUUUUCCAAUUGAUCAGAUUAUUUUAAAAAAUAGAGUUUUAAAAGGGAAAAAUAUGAAGAUUUGGGAAGAGUGAGGGAAAGGAAAGUGAAGAAUUGUUGCAUAUACAAGAGAAGUAAGGUUAGUAUUUUUACUAAAUAUAUAUAUAUAUAUGCCUGAUUAAGUUAUACUGUGAAGCAUUCAGACUUAAUUUAACUGAGAUGGUGAUUUGCAAAUGAAUAUCUACAUGGAUCCUUUUAAAAAAUCCAAAUGCAAAUGAGUACAACUGCAGUAAAAUAUAUUUGCAAAUGAAUCCUGUUGCUUUAUUCAUUUAUUGUGUAAUUACUGCAAUCCUUCCCACCUUGUUUUCAGUAUUUCUUAAUCAUUAAGUCGGAAGCAUGACAGCAGUGCCAGCCCUGGCAUGAUUCUCUUUGACUAAAACCUUGUAAAUUAACACAAUUAGCACAGCAUCAUCCUGCUAAUUAACUUCCAGUGUCUGGUGCAGUGGUUUUGCAAACAAGGAAGAGGGAGUCAGAAGGGAAUCAACAUGCCAUUCUGUUACCAAACUCUGUGCUAUGUUCAGUUUAGCUCAGUAAGUCAAAGCUGGCCAUGUCAGAAGCCAGAGUCAGGCAAUGAAGAGCUAAAGGGGGUGGAGGAGGAGAGCAGAAGGGGGUAGGAGCUGUCAAAAUAGACUGCAGUAAUUCAGAAGGGAGCUGAUGCCACAGAUGCUUCAUUUAGACCAGGCCUCUUUCUUAUCAAGGAAUCUCUGCCAGAGGGCACAAGACAGUUUGCAAAAUUCACUUUGGGUAAUACAAAGGAGAUUAAGGAGUCCUGCUUAAUAUAGCUGUACCAGAGUAGGAAGUGUGCGAACCAAGCAGAGAUUAGAAUGGGAUGAGCCAGCACCAGGAAAUAGAACAGGUUUCCAGUGCUCCUCUGUAACUAACUAUACAUGAGUCCUCCAGGGUACGUUAUAAAUCCCUUUGGGGACUGCUUCCCGAAUCUGUGAGAUAAGGUAAUUUCUAAGGUGUCCUUAAGCUGUAAAAUUCAAAUGAUUCUCUGAUUCUAACUGCUCAGUCUUUUCUGUUAAAUGAGUAACUCUUCUUGUUUUAUAGUUUGCACAUAAUCACCUUGCUUCAAUUAGUAAUCAAUUAGUAAAAGCAGAUGAUAGAAUUACCCAUAGCGUCUCGUUAUCUGGUUGUACUCUCCCGAGUUUGUGCCACACACUGAAAGAGUUAGAAUCCAGAUUCUCUCUCUGUUCUUAUCUUCCCUCUCACCUCUGUUUCCUUCCUUCCUUCCUUCCUCUCAUUCUCUCUCUUUCUCUCUCUCCAUGUGUGUGUGCAGUCUCCCCUCUUAGUACCUUGGAGGCUGUAAGGCAGAGGGAAGGAUUAUAAGAGGAGGGGGAAUGCUAGCUAGAAGACCGACAGACAAGUGAUGCUUGUUUUUUUUUUUUUCAGAGACUCAACAACAGAAGUGAGAGGCAGAGAGGAACCAGUUGUAAUUCAUACCGAGUUGUAGGCUUUGUGCGAUGAAAGCGAUGGAGCGCUGCCUGCGAGAUUGCUUUGCUGCACUCCACGAAGCAGAUUUGAAACUGUCGUGGACCACUUUAGAUGAGAGUUGGAUUAUGGAAUGACCUGCUAUGUCUGUGUCAUAUUGUUCUGCGCAGGGAGCAUUAUACUGUGCUAACUAGGUGUUCAGUACCAAAUAAGAGAGGCUUGAAGAUGCAGUGGACGCCGGAGCAUGCCCAGUGGCCAGAACAGCACUUUGACAUCACCUCAACCACGCGGUCUCCUGCCCACAAAGUGGAAGCCUACAGAGGUCAUUUGCAGCGCACUUAUCAGUACGCCUGGGCGAACGAUGACAUAUCUGCGCUGACUGCAUCCAACCUACUAAAAAAAUAUGCAGAGAAGUAUUCUGGCAUUUUGGAAGGCCCUGUGGACCGACCUGUACUCAGCAACUAUUCAGAUGCACCAUCAGGACUAGUGAACGGUCGGAAAAAUGAAAGCGAACCCUGGCAGCCUUCCUUGAAUUCAGAAGCUGUUUAUCCUAUGAACUGUGUUCCGGAUGUUAUCACUGCCAGCAAAGCUGGAGUCAGUUCAGCCCUCCCUCCAGCAGAUGUCUCUGCAAGUAUAGGGAGCUCUCCUGGGGUGGCCAGCAACCUGACAGAACCUAGUUAUUCAAGUAGUACCUGUGGAAGCCACACUGUACCUAGUCUUCAUGCAGGGCUCCCGUCUCAGGAAUAUGCCCCAGGAUACAACGGCUCAUAUCUGCAUUCUACUUACAGUAGUCAGCCAGCACCUGCACUUCCUUCACCUCAUCCAUCCCCUUUGCAUAGCUCUGGGCUCCUCCAGCCGCCACCACCACCUCCUCCGCCACCAGCCCUGGUCCCAGGCUACAAUGGGACUUCUAACCUCUCCAGUUACAGCUAUCCCUCUGCUAGCUAUCCUCCUCAGACUGCUGUGGGAUCUGGGUACAGCCCUGGGGGGGCACCCCCUCCUCCUUCAGCAUACCUGCCUUCAGGAAUUCCUGCUCCUACCCCCCUGCCCCCCACCACUGUUCCUGGCUACACCUACCAGGGUCAUGGUUUGACACCUAUUGCACCCUCGGCUCUGACCAACAGUUCAGCAAGUUCUCUCAAAAGGAAAGCUUUCUAUAUGGCAGGGCAAGGAGAUAUGGACUCCAGUUAUGGAAAUUACAGCUAUGGCCAACAGAGAUCUACACAGAGUCCUAUGUACAGAAUGCCCGACAACAGCAUUUCAAACUCAAAUCGGGGGAAUGGCUUUGACAGAAGUGCUGAAACAUCAUCCUUAGCAUUUAAGCCAACGAAGCAGCUAAUGUCCUCUGAACAGCAAAGGAAAUUUAGCAGCCAGUCCAGUAGGGCUCUGACCCCUCCUUCCUACAGUACUGCUAAAAAUUCAUUGGGAUCAAGAUCCAGUGAAUCCUUUGGGAAGUACACAUCGCCAGUAAUGAGUGAGCAUGGGGAUGAGCACAGGCAGCUCCUCUCUCACCCAAUGCAAGGCCCUGGACUCCGUGCAGCUACCUCAUCCAACCACUCUGUGGACGAGCAACUGAAGAACACUGACACGCACCUCAUCGACCUGGUAACCAAUGAGAUUAUCACCCAAGGACCGCCAGUGGACUGGAAUGACAUUGCUGGUCUCGACCUGGUAAAGGCUGUCAUUAAAGAGGAGGUUUUAUGGCCAGUGUUGAGGUCAGAUGCAUUCAGUGGACUAACGGCCUUACCUCGGAGCAUCCUUUUAUUUGGACCUCGGGGAACAGGCAAAACAUUAUUGGGCAGAUGCAUAGCGAGUCAGCUAGGGGCCACAUUUUUCAAAAUCGCCAGUUCUGGGCUAGUCGCCAAGUGGUUAGGAGAAGCAGAGAAGAUUAUCCAUGCCUCUUUUCUUGUGGCCAGGUGUCGCCAGCCCUCGGUGAUUUUUGUCAGUGACAUUGACAUGCUUCUCUCCUCUCAAGUGAGUGAGGAACACAGUCCAGUCAGUCGGAUGAGAACCGAAUUUCUGAUGCAGCUGGACACUGUACUAACUUCGGCUGAGGACCAAAUUGUAGUAAUUUGUGCCACCAGUAAACCAGAAGAAAUAGAUGAAUCUCUUCGGAGGUACUUCAUGAAACGACUUUUAAUUCCACUUCCUGACAGCACAGCGAGGCACCAGAUAAUAGUACAACUGCUCUCACAGCACAAUUACUGUCUCAAUGACAAGGAGUUUGCACUGCUCGUCCAGCGCACAGAAGGCUUUUCUGGACUAGACGUGGCUCAUUUGUGUCAGGAAGCGGCAGUGGGCCCCCUCCAUGCCAUGCCAGCCACAGACCUUUCAGCCAUUAUGCCCAGCCAGUUGAGACCCGUUACAUAUCAAGACUUUGAAAAUGCUUUCUGCAAGAUUCAGCCUAGCAUAUCUCAAAAAGAGCUUGAUAUGUAUGUUGAAUGGAACAAAAUGUUUGGUUGCAGUCAGUGAUAACUUCUUUAAAAAAAAUGUGAUGAAUGUUGGCACACACACAUAAAACCUGCUACAUAGGGUAGAGAGCCCUUUCCAGUAGUGUUUAAAUCGCAAAGGGUACUGGGGAAGAUGACGAUUAAGUUGCAUCUUUAGAGUCCGGGUAAAUUUGGAGGAAAAAUGCAUCAAAUGAGAGCUUCUGAUUUGAAAGCCCCAGAUGACAGAAAGCAUCUAUUGAUGCUCAGUACGGUCCAAGCUAGACAACACUCACCAAGGAGCAAGGUGCAAGUGUGUUGAUUUCAGAAGGACAUGAACCUCGUGUGUUGAUUCCAUUCUGCUGUUCUCGAGAUUUAGUUGCUGUCAAGUGCCUGGAGUGGUGCUUUAUUUUUUUGUUUGCCUCACAAUUACAUUGGUGGCAUGUGCUAAUAUAAAGAGCUUUAACUUCAAACAUUAUUGGACUAAAGAGAUGAACGGUUGUGUUACGACAGAAAACCAGAUUUUUGCCAUUUUAAGAGCAACAGUAUUCCUCAAUCCUGUCUGUUCUGCAGUAUUAAACUAAGAACAGGUAAAACAGGGUAACGGUAAUCUGGACCUUAAUUUCUGCAGUUCAUUUCUUUUAAUGUUCUUGUCUGCAAAAACUCAGGAAAGCGAUUGUGAUUUGUACAGUACCUCAAAGGAAUGUGUUGAAAGCACUAUGUACUGCUGAGAGUAAUGGGACAGGCUUCAAUGUUACUUUAUAUGAAAAUGUAUGUUUACCUCAACAAUUGGAAAAUAGCAAGGAAAAUUACUUUGAAUGUAUCCAGAAAAAUACUGACAUGUGAUACAACUGAAUAUUUACAAUUUAAAGUAGAAAUGGAAGGAUUUAAAAAAAAGGAAAGGUUCUUUUACUAAUGAUGGGGAAUUAACCAGAGCAGAGUAAUUCUUUAUGUCAGUAACUGCAAGAGUUCUUCGUACAUUGCUCCUUGAUAAUGAAGUGAAAAUGUUUUUAAAAGGUACACUGGUUAAUGGAAAGCUACUUAUUCCGUUUGAGUUAGCGUCUAGAACAGUCAGCAACAAGACCUGUCUGGGACCCUGAAAGUCACAGCACCUACAAUCUAGGACUGCCUGUUACUGUGCAGGUGGGAGUGGUGGUGGUGGUGGUUUGCAAGUUCUCUCUUAAAACUGCUGGGAAUGGUGUCAUUCUAUUCACUAAUCUAGCUUAUAGGCUUGCCGUGCUGUUUGAUAGAAUGCAGAAGAUAGCAACCAAAACAAGCAAACAAGCAAAUAAAUACAAAAAACAACCAACCAACUUAUAUAUAUCCACAAAGAACGUCUAUAUCCCCUCUCCUUCUUUCUGACUCCUCUCUUGUCAGUGCAAUUUUGCUUCUCAUUUUGCAAUCUUCUGGACUGUAGUGCUCCCGCAUUCAUUUCUACCUCAGUUUUGUUACAUUUCUCUCAGAAAGUAAAGCAGAAACUUGGAAGUGGACGUGCAUAUGCGCGCGCACACACACACACACAAAAUAUAGUGUGCCAAACAUGAUACUUUGUUUUCUUCCGUCUUUUCCCAUAAAUCUAGUUUCUGACAACAUCAGUCUUCAUGCUUACUUCCACCUGAGUCCACUCCCACCCCAAGAGCAUAUAUGGCAUUUUUCUUAAUUUCCCAUUCCUUUCCUGCUCCCCACCAAGUUGUUCUUUGUAUCCUUUAAUGCUUUCUGUGCAACUUUUCAUUGAUAGCUGAUUGACGAUCGGCAAUGCCUCUGAACAGACACAGUGUAGGCUGGAGCUUUCCAAAGCCGCUGCCCGUGCGCAAGCAGAACAGCCUGGCCUUUUUGAAUGUAUUCUUCCUUUUUUUUUUUCCUUCCUUUUUUUAGUUGAAAGAUGCAGUAACAAAACUGUUGCAGAGCACUGGCAUUUUAUGUAUUCAAAAAGUGAUGUACGUUUUUAAAAAUUUUAAAUAAAUGCAAUGAGAAGCCCCAAGAAAGGUCUUUCUGUUAUUGUUUUUUUCCUUCAAAAAUUUUUACCGAUUUCAUCCACAAUGUCAAAUUCUCUGAAAUAUAACAUAGAGAAAGCUAAUGAAGGACUUCAUGAUAUUUCUGAAAUUUUAUGAUGUUGGAUCAUUACCCCCCUUUUUUCUUACUUUUUAUGUUGCUAAAAACUGAGCAAAUGAAGCAGAAUUUAAUUUACUAUGAUAUUCUAUCAAUUAAAACUGUGCUUACAUAUAAAUAUUCCAAAUUAAAAAGCAGUGCCUUUCAUUAAGGAUACAAAAAAUAAUAUUUAAGUAUGUCCUUUGCUUUUCGCAAGUGAAUAAAUGCUACAAUCGUGUUUUGACUCUACCCUGCACAUCCCUUAUUGUAAAGAAAUUCUAAUACCCCCCAUUAACUUGUAGGUUCGUAUCGAUCUCACUGACAAGUUUACUUUUGCACAGUGCUGACCUAUUUUCUGUCUUGUAGACAUUACAUUUUAUUUCCGCCAACAUGCUGUGUUCACUUGAAAGCAACUGGCAAGUUUUGACAAACCCAGUCUUAUUUAGACAACUUUGGAAAAUCCAAUAUUGACCCACAUUUUUUGUGGCUGGUAAGAGUUAAUGCCAAAUAUAUGACUGCGCUAUUGUGUUUUACACUCACAUAUAAAACUGAAAAGAAAGUCAUACAGAUUGGCUCUUAGCUUUAAAUGACUUAAAAAUUACUUUGAGAUAUGAGUGGUCAAAAAUCCAUGUAUUUAGGCAGAAGCUGAAGUUGUGUGUGAAUUUCGUUUAGGCUCACAAAUUCUAGGAUUUGAUAUCUUAGGAAAUUGGGCAUGCUGAAGAAAUGAAGAUCUGUUGGGGGAGAUAAGGCGGACCUUUGAGUAGAUAGUGCUCUCCUGUGAUUCUUUGAUUCUGCAUGGCAGCAUUAUGAGCUUUUCUAUAGACUAGCUUAAUAAUGAGCUCUUUUCUGACCAUCCCUUCUGGAGCUUGGGGUGGGGGUGGGGCACCACAUCCUGAGAAGUGAAUGUGUACAAUCAGUGAGAGUACAACCGAGUAAUCGGGCUUCAUACUCUUGGCCUCAUUUUGACUGCUAAGAAUUUGGAGAAGGCUACUAAUGAAGGUAAGGUAAUGAGCCAGUCCAAAUCCCUUGCCGUCUGGCCAGGGGAUUUGAGCCAGUCCACUUAACAGCCCCUAAUUCUCUUCUCACAACUGCAAUAACAUUUCCAACAGGGACAAAAAGGAAGUGAAGUAAACUACUUCAGUAGAAGGAUCAAUAGAAAUUCAGGAGGUAGUUCAUAAUGACCUUAUGUGUGACACAAAUGGAAAUACUCUACACUUCUGGCAUGCUUCUCACCAAAAUAUUUAGAACAUUAGUGACAAUAUGGAAAACUUUGCUGACUGAGCUGAUCAAUGGAAUGUGAAGGCAGUAUACUUUAAGGCUAUUUACUUUCACACAGAAUGUUUAUCUAUUAGUCAGUUUAUAUUCUACUCAAAUGCAGAUAGACGGGUAUAAUGUUUUCUUGUGCAUUUGAAACCUAUCAAGGAGAAAAUAAACCAUUCCACUAAAAUACAUAGGCCAAACACCAUCUGGGCAAGUGAUAAAAGCUAUCCAGAGGCUAUGCUAUGUAAAAUAGCAAGGUCAAUUUACAUGGGUGCAUAGUACUUGGCUAUGCAGUUUUCAAAAGAAUACAUCCAAAAAAGUCCAAAUUAAUUCCUACAAUAGGGCUUUGUAAAUUUAAAUAUAUUUGUGGGUUGGAAAAUAUGUUUUAGAGGCAUUCAGAAUUUCUUUCUCCGAAAACGUGUCCAACUCCAAGCAGAAAGUUACUUCUAUAAUCCCAUUCUCGUGUUUCUUAGCAAGAGUUGGUACCAUCAUCAUUGAAACUAAAGGGACACAGUUUAUUGAACUAUUGAGGCCACUAAAGUAAAGUUCUAAUAUAUAUAUAUAAAUAUAAUUAGCGUGUGUGUGUAUAUGUGUGUGUGCUGUUUUCACCACCACCUAUUUGAACUUUAAAGCUAAUGUCUAUUUUACAUUAUUCAGAAGCAACUGGUUACUUCCUUUAUGUGCAGAGAUAUACAUGACCACUUUACAAUUCAAAGUGUUUGAAUAUAUUUUUUCUUUCGAAAAGUAGAGCCUUCAGUUGUUGAAUCACUUGCCGAUUUCAUAUGAAGCACAUUAGCAAACAUGGAGCUAUUAGGAUUUCAGAAUUCAAAACCAGCUAUACUUGUGACUAACCAACACAUGAACUGAAGCUCACACUCUGCUAAGACCUCUGGUUGACAUUCGAUUUUGAACCUGCCAGAUGCAUUUGUGUGAACCAGGGAUACUGCAUCUUUAAUGAACAAGUCUCUCCUCUUUCCCCUGUUUUUAAAUACAACACAAGCAGUGUAGCACUAGGCACUGCAAUUGUCAAAGACAAUUAGACUGAAAGCAGGAAAAUUUCACCUCCCUGUCUCAGUGAUAUGUAGAAUGUCGGCAGCAUGGGUCAGCCUUGCCACAGAGUUGUGUGAGAAUAUAUGAAUCAGUCCUAUAGAAUGUUAAAUAUUUAUAAAAUGGUUCUGUAGUACACCAAGGUUGGGAGCACAUUUAUUCUUUCUUGUUGUCUUAUGAUACAAAAAAGCAAAAGUUUAUUUCCAGGCUUAAACUAACUCUCUGUCUCUCUCUCUCUCUUUCGUGCGUGUGUGUGUUUGUGUGUGUGUGUGUUUCCUUGUGGAUUAUAUACAGUUGCUAGAGAAUAUUCAUUUCUUUUUUUCCUUUUUUCAUCUGACGUAUAUUCAAACAUUGUUCUUUAUAACCAUUUCUACCUCAUUGCU